UACACUUUUAUAUUAUCCGAGUGAAAGUGUUUAUUGUUUACAGAUUAUUUUUCUCUGAAACGGAUGCAUUUAAAAUUGUAGCUUUCAGGUUUGGACUCUUUUAUUACAAAUCGACUGGAGAACUUCUGGGUUCACUAGGAAAUCUAGCAAGCUUCCAUAAUCCGGAUUGCUCAAUUAGAGUUAGUACCUUUUAGUCCGUGAAUGAACGUUGAAAGUGGUAUAAAGGACUGGUUUCAUAACAGAGGCAUACAGCAUGCUAGCGGACGUUACUGGUGAAAUGGAAACGGACGUUACGGAUGGCAUGUUACCGGAUGUUACCACAGGAAUGGUACCGGAUGUUACCACAGAAAUAGUGGCAUAUGUAACGACACACAUUAUGAACAAUGUAACAUUCACGCCAGGAUUGACACUUCAACAACAGAAUGACGAGGAGUUUUACCGCCGACUGGCACCAGUCAUAUACCUCGCAGUUCUUAUGGUAGUCGGUAUCCCUGGCAACCUUCUCGUUCUCGUUGUGUACUUCCGGGACUUCACGCGGUCUACCCACAGAACAUUCAUCCUUAGUUUGGCCGCGUUGGACCUGAGUGUCUGUCUGGUGUCUCUGCCGUUUGAGAUUUUUGAAAUGAGAUUCCAAUACACUUUUUACAAUGUGAUUGCAUGUAAAUUGUUUAGAGCUAACAACAACUUUCUGUCUCUUGGCUCGAUUUUUACAAUAUUUUGUAUGUCAAUUGAUAGAUACAGACGAGUGUGUCGACCGUUACGCAUACAGAUGACUCCGAGCGUGAGUCUGCUCUACUGUUUUGGGGCUUUGGUCGUAUCCCUGAUAUUUGCGUGGCCAAACUUCGUCAUUAGUGGAAUCAGAAAUGUUUCAUUCAAGCAUAAUGUCACUGGUUCAGAUUGUUCCCUCUCAGAUCAAUUUGCUAAGACAAUCUACCCUAUUGUUUACGGAGGUGUGUUGUUCAUCAUAUUCCUCAUCGUCAUCGUCUUCCUUAUCGUCGUUUACUCACUCAUUGCGAGAAAGAUUCACAAACACAGCAAGUUUCGCGACAAUUUCCAAUCAACCUCUUCUUGCAGUAGUACGCCGACGCAAGUAUCAGCCAUUUCAAAUCCCAAUAGCAACGAGAGUAACGAGAAGAACAAGAGUAGCAAAGAAGCGGGACUGGAACAAGUUGAACUUGACAUGACGUCACCAACAGUAAAACAGGAAGAUAUAAAACCUUCAGCAAAAGUGAAUUUCUCUUCAAGCGAGGCUACAGAACCGGUUGCAAAAUCUACAACGAAGAAUAUUUCUUCAACAGGGACUUCGCAAAGAACUGCAAAUAGAUCAACAAAGGCAAAUACCACGCUGCCAAAUGCUAGUAGAAAACGAACGGCUAAGAUAACAAGAAUUACGUUUACGAUCAGUUUAGUAUUCAUUCUGAGUUAUCUUCCCCACUUGGUACUCUCCUUGAUGACGGCAGUGAAGGGAGGAUUCGUCGCAAAACCAGGGCCGAUCGUAUCAGCGUUACUGCCGAUUGUCACUCGCUCAAUCUUCAUCAACAAUGUGGCUAACCCCCUUAUCUACGGCUUUUUGGAUCCGAAGUUUAGACAGAGUUGCAAAAAUGCCAUCAAAAUAGUGCUACGCUGAAUAACUUAUCAUCGUUUUAUUGAAAAUUGUUCUUCUACAUUAGAACGGUUACCAGAUAUUGGUUUUUAUUAUUCAUCGUGCCAAAUUAAUCUUUUAAAUGUUUCUGUCAAAUAGCCUACGGAUAUGAGUUCGGGCCUGACUUGAAUAAUUACGAUUGUCCUUAAGAGACAGAAAAUCAACAACAACAUGGCACAUAUGGCCAAACGCUUGACAGAUGUAUUAAUUUAGCCGCCACCUUAUUGCGCUCCUAGCUUUCGAAGAAGACAGACUACAAUGGCUUUUGUUAAAGAGCAGCUAUACCCUGUAGGUAAAGAGGUUCCAGAUGCUUACAUUGAUGGAAAAGUCAGGCUGCCGGCUGCUGGAAUAUAGUAAUCAGAUGCAUAGUUUACAGUUAACAGGCCCUAUUCCGAACCAAAGAGGACGCUUUUCCAUCUCCAACCGCAGAAUUGCAUCAGAGGUAGUUGAAGGGCACGCCAACAUCCAACAGCCCGAACACGACGGACCAAAGACGCAGAACAUCGUCAGAUCCAUCAACAGGAUAUGCCAGACCAUGCGGCCCAAGGACCCUCAAGAUCUGGAUUUUGAGAUGGACAGAGACUUUCUUGAUCCACUGCACCCAAAUUCUUUCUGCGGGCCAUCACCGUCGACGGUAAGCCCCAUCUUACCUUGGCAACUGACAGACAACUCGACCUCCUCGCCAAGACCAAGACUUGUUAUAUGGAUGCCACCUUCCGUGUUGUACAUGAACCUUUUACUCAGAAUCCAUAGUUUUGUGCGUUUAGGAAACAGAUACCUUUUGUAGUCUGUUUUAUGUCUGGAAAGCGUAUUCAGAUGUUUAUGAGGUGACUCGUCAAGUUCAAAUUAUUGUUUACUUAAAAUUUACUGAUUUCACUGACAUAUGCCUAUUAUUACCAUCAACUGACAAUUCAGUUUGGAAAAAAAAAAGAGAAAAUGAUUCAGUGUAAUAACAAAUAAGUAUUCAACUACAUGUAUGUAAACUAUACAAGUGAUAAGUGUGUAAGUGAUAGAUAGCAAUACCAAACACAUAUUCACAUAUUUUUUUUUUGGAAUACAUGAAAGUAACAAUAAAGUUUACUUUCUACACAAACGAUUCCUUUGUCAAGUUAUAACUGAGUGAGCGAUUUGUAUUUUUUUUUACCUGUACAACGAUGUGGCGAAAUUGUAAAAUUUUCGUUUCACUAGACUCGGGACGUUUUGCCUAUCGAUUGGGAGCGUAUACACACUGCAUCAGAUAGGUUACAGGUAAGGUGUAGAUAUAAUAUAUUUCCAAACUAAUGAAUCUUAUUGACGAUACAUGAAAGUAUUCUGUAAUGGUUAAUUGAUUAUAAUUCCAGGAUUGUUAUCCUUAAAUAAUGACACUAUUUUUUUUACAUUGUGAGGUCCUUAGAAGCAUCGACCGUCAGCUUCCAGACAGUUUCAGCUAGUAAAGGAAGCUGGUGUUUGGCAAGUCAUCCGCCAGAGGUAUCCCGACUCUAUGACAGGGGAUGUGGUUUUCACUGGACACAGGUUUUCACGAGAUUGUGAAAAUAUUGUAGACUUUAUAUAAUUUUCAAUUACACAAUAUACAAACUAUAGAUUUAUUAACUUUAAGACUGCCUACAUUGAGCGAGGGGAUGGGUAUGCAUAUCUACGCCAGGUUCUCUCAUUACCCUCCUUGCCAGAAGCGCAGAUCACCGAUACCUUUCAUCGUAAAGCAGACCGUGCGGUACCGGUAUCCUUGGUUCAGCUGACAGAAUAUAUUUGGCGGACCUGGGUCAGAAGCAGGACAUCCCCCAUCAGGACUUGGUCAGUUUACAUGAGAUCAAUAAGAACGAACAAUUCUGUGGAGGGCUGGCACAGCAGGUUAAACAGCAGAGUUAACACCAGAGUAG